GCGGGCCAAGAUGGCGGCGGAGCCGGGUCCGGGCCCGGGGCCCGACGCGGAGCUGGAGGAGCUGCUGGAGAGUGCCCUGGACGACUUCGAGCGCAGCCGCCCCGCGCCCCCUCCCGCUGCCGGCUCCUCCUGCCCCCCUUCCCCGCCCUCAGCCGCCGACUCCGCCAAGGGCUCGCUCUUCUCCUCGCAGGAAAGGUUCUUCCAGGAGCUCUUCGAGGGCGAGCUGGCGGCGCAGGCGGCGGCCGAGUUCCAGGAGGCCAUGCAGGAGCUGGCCCGGCAGGAGCCACAGCUGGUGGAGCAGUUCCAGAAGCUCUCGGAGGCUGCUGGGAAAGUCGGCAGCGACGCGGCCUCGCAGCAGGAAUUCACCUCCUGCCUCAAGGAGACCCUGAGCGGGCUGGCCAAGAACGCCAACGACCUCCAGAAUUCCCCCAGAUCCGAGGAGGAGCUGGCCAAGGCCCUGGAGGGGCUGGGGCUGGACGAGGGCGGCGGCGACGGCGUCCUGCCCGUCAUGCGCAGCAUCAUGGAGUCCCUGCUGUCCAAGGACGUGCUCUACCCCUCCCUCAAGGAGAUCACCGAGAAGUACCCGGAGUGGCUGCGGCAGCACGAGGGCUCGCUGUCCCCGGAGCAGCGGGCGCGGUUCUGCCAGCAGCAGGCGCUGAUGCUGCGGAUCUGCGCCGAGCUGGAGCGGGAGCGGCCGGAGGAGCCCGAGGGGCAGCGCCGGGAGCGCUUCGAGACCCUGCUGGACCUGAUGCAGCAGCUGCAGGACCUGGGCCACCCCCCCAAGGAGCUGGCAGGGGACACGCCGCCAGGACUGAGCCUGACGGGGGAGCAGUGCCGCCUCAUGUAGGGCAUGUUUGGGGUGACCCCACGGAUUUGGGGUGACCCCAUGGCUUUGGGGUUCCCCCAUGGCUUUGGGGCGCCCCCUGAGCUAUGGGGCGCCCCCAUGGAUUUGGGGUGCUCCCCAUGGAUUUGGGGUGCCCCCCCUGGAUUUGGGGUGCCCCAGCCCUAUAAAGGAGGUGAAGAGGAGCCCAGCAGUGGGGUUGGCGCCUCCCCCCACCCCAAUUUGGGGUUUUUUUUUUGGGGUGGGGGGCGCAGGGACCCCCCCAGUGUGGGGAGGUGUCCCCCCCUCACCCCUUGGUGACCCCAAUAAAGAGUUGGUGACGGGAA